CACACACAUGCUGUCUCUCAGAAAAUCUCUCCGCCUCUCUAGAUCCAUUCUUCUCUCAAUCAAUCAGCUAGACACUGUCAAACCCUUUUUGCUUUCUCUCUCUUUGUUUAUAAAGUUCUCAACUUUACAUUUGCUUCUGCUGUUUUAGACCAUCCUCUCUCUCUCUACAAUCUCCUGAUAAAGGUAGUUGCUUUAUGCAGACAAUUUUUUGGGUCUUGAGAUUCCUGGGCUCUAUGUUCUCCACUCGAAUGAUUAAUGCCUGAAGCCCUCUUCUCGAUCUGGGCAAAUUUUGCAAAUUGAGGAGAAAAAAAUCAUUACUUUCUUUCUGGGUUACAGUGUUUUCUCAUAGUUCUAGGGUUCCUUUAGUUUCAACUUUUGUCAUGUGGGUCACUUAAUUAGGUACCAGGAGUGAUGAUGAAUAUUUAAAGGAGAGUUUUUGAUUAUAGUAUCAAUUUUUUGGGUAAAAUUGAGAGAUGGGCUGCGUUUGGUGUAAGCCUUCUGCUAUAGAAGAUAGUCCAAAGGAGAGACUUUCAAGCAAACCCUCUUCUGAGUAUAGAGCUUCAAGACCAGUUGCUUCUUCUUCUAGAAGAGAAGAGUCUGUUAGGACAAAGGAACGGCCUGAUGUUGUUAGUGUAGUAAAACCAGUGUUGAGUAAUAGUAGUAGAAGAGAGAAGAAGUUAGAGAAUGUUGCAGCUUCACAGUUACCAAUGGGUAUUACUACAACCAUAGCAAAAGCAGCUGAAGGAGAGUAUGUAGCUGCUGGUUGGCCUCCAUGGUUGGCUUCUGUAGCUGGAGAAGCGAUCAAAGGAUGGGUUCCACGCCGUGCUGAUUCUUUCGAGAAGUUGGACAAAAUUGGUCAGGGUACUUAUAGCAAUGUGUAUAGAGCUAGAGACCUGAAUCAGAAGAAGAUUGUGGCUUUGAAGAAAGUAAGGUUUGAUAACUUGGAGCCUGAAAGUGUGCGUUUUAUGGCAAGAGAAAUCCAGAUACUUCGCCGUCUUGAUCAUCCUAACAUCAUAAAGCUAGAAGGCUUAGUGACAUCAAGAAUGUCUUGCAGCUUAUACCUUGUCUUUGAGUACAUGGAACAUGAUUUAGCUGGACUAGCCUCCCAUCCAUCAGUUAAAUUCUCUGAAUCACAGGUCAAAUGCUACAUGCAGCAAUUAUUACGUGGACUAGACCAUUGUCACAGCCGUGGUGUACUUCACCGGGACAUAAAAGGAUCGAACCUGCUGAUAGAUAAUAGUGGAGUUUUGAAGAUUGCUGACUUUGGGUUAGCUAGUUUCUUUGAUCCUCAUCAAACUCAGCCUUUGACCAGCCGCGUUGUAACUCUUUGGUACCGCCCACCUGAGCUUUUGCUCGGAGCAACUCGCUAUGGAGCAGCAGUUGAUUUGUGGAGUACAGGUUGCAUUCUUGCUGAACUGUACGCAGGCAAGCCUAUCAUGCCCGGUAGAACCGAGGUUGAACAGUUGCACAAGAUUUUCAAGCUAUGUGGCUCACCUUCAGAGGAGUAUUGGGUUAAAUCAAGGUUGCCUCAUGCAACAAUUUUCAAGCCUACACAGCCGUAUAAACGCGUAGUUGAUGAAACAUUCAAGGAGUUUCCUCAGCCAGCUUUAGCCCUUCUUGAAACUCUGCUUUCAGUCAAUCCCGACGAUCGUGGAACUGCCACUUCAGCCCUCCAGAGUGAGUUCUUUUCCACUAGACCUCUUCCGUGUGAUCCUUCAAGCUUACCUAAAUAUCCUCCCAGCAAAGAGCUUGAUGCAAGAAUGCGUGAUGAAGAAAGUAGAAGACAAGGUGGAGGAAACAGGGUACAUAGACACCAAGAAAGGAGAGGAACUAAGGAAUCUCGAGCCAUCCCUGCCCCUGACGCUAAUGCAGAGCUGGUUACAUCAAUGAUGAAAAGGCAGAGCCAAUGUACUACUAAUAGAAGCAGAAGCGAGAAGUUUAAUCCACAUCCUGAAGAAGUUGCAUCUGGUUUCCCAAUCGAUCCACCAAGGCCAUCAUCUCAAGCAUUUGAACCAAACAGAGAAUCUCAGGGAAACAUUGUUCUUCCUCACCAGAGAGCUUCACGUUCUGGACCUCUAUCACGUAGAUCUGCUUCCGCAAAGGGUAGAAGGACUUACCAAGAUCCUCAGAAAGUUUCAUCCAUAGCUGCUGAUUACUCUGCAACAAGAACAGGUGCAUCACAACAAGAGACUUGUAGAGGAAUGAAUCGGCUUCCAGGUUCCUUUAAGGAAACCUCUGAAGAAGCAAACCAAGAGGAGAAUGGUAGAAGCAACAAGAAAGAUCCAAUUCUUUUGGGUUACGGAUCAAAAGGGCACAAGAUUCAUUAUUCAGGACCUUUGGUGGUUCCAUCAGGAAACAUGGAUCAGGUGUUGAAAGACCAUGACCGACAUAUCCAAGAAGCUGUUAGAAGAGCAAGAAUUGAUAAGGCUAGAGUUAGGAACCUUCAAGCUGAAGAAGCAUCGAGCCAACAAGUCUCCUCAACCAAUCAUCCUUCAUCUGUUUCUAGCCGUUGACUAUCUCAGAGGCAAAAGUGGUAUUUGAUCAAACCAAACACUCAUUUGCCUUAAAACUGUUUAACACGUCCUAUUUUGAGUGAAGAAGAUAAUGUAGUUUUAUUUAUUCAAAGAUUUUAUAUAUCAUAUAAUCAAAUAUUGUGACGUUUUGGUUCCAUGUCAUAUUACUUUAUUUAGGUGUAGAAACAGGUUAUAUAUAUUAUAAUUUAGGAAUCAGAAAAAUCGAUUAUUACAUGUGAUCUUUGUAUUUGUAUGGUGUUUUGCAAGUCCUAAUUAAACCACUAGGUUACUUGAGACACAAGUAAGCUUUAAUCUAUACGAGACAAUACAAUAAAUCUGUUUUA